AUGUCUACAACAACAAAAACAACAACAACCCGGCCUUGGUUCAAGGUCCCGGAACCCGUCCGUGUGAUUUUCGAUCAAUUCCCUUUGGCCACAUAUCCAGAUAAAGAAUUAUAUACUUACAAUGAACAACAACAACAAGAUAAUAGCAAUGACCGAAAAACAACACUUUACGUCUACAACAUUGAUGAACCUAGUGGUCUACCCACAGACCCAGCAAGUAUCGAACUCUUGGGAUUGUUAAGACUUAAAGGCGCUAAAUCUGCUCAGGUUUCAAAAGUCUCUGUUCAUAGUGCUCCUACAAAUGGUCCGAAGCAAUUGCCAUACCUCGUAGACGUGAAAUUCACUCAGGAUGAAAAAACUGGACGCACCAAACGUCAACGUGCAGUGUACUCGACCCCAGCUGCUGUGCGUCGCAAUUUGCUUACAAGCAGUGGCAAAGGAAGCAGUUCUACAGGUAUUACUUCAGGUCAAGCAGCCCUUUAUGCAUCUCUGUUAAGCACUGCUGUACAUGACGCGUGGAUUUUCACGUUGCUUGAUAAUGCAGAAACUCCAGCAACUGUUAGAGAACAUGUUUACGGAGAAGGUGCUGAGCGCAUUGGUGGAACAUUACCUGGGUUUAUUGAACGACAUUUGCAAGAAGCAUGGACGUUGGAACUUGCUGAGGCUUUACGUCCACGGUACCCUGCAGUUGUGGAUACACUAAAGGGGGGUAGUAAAUGGAAGGGAGGUUUUGUAUCUAAGCUUUUUGUGGGUCCUCCAACAACAGUAUUUUUUUCACCAUCAAAUGUUCAAGGUACUGCAGUUCGUGAAGAGGUCUAUGCACGGGCCAUUGAUGCGUUACAGGUGUUUAGUUCGUUACUUGACGAGGCACCAGAUGGAUUUCUUGGAACUGGAGGAAGCCAAGAUGACGAUGAUGAAGAAGAAGAAGAAGAGAGUAGUAAUAAGAAUAGUAGUGAAGAUGUUUUAAGUGAAGGAGAAUUUAAAGGAUUGGGUCCAUUAGAUAUUUUGCUGUUUUCAUAUGUUUAUGCGAUUCAGAAUUAUGCAACUGGGACUCCAUUGGCGCGGGCAGUGGAUAAGUUGAGCAAUUUAGCUACACAUGCAUUGAGAGUUGAGCAAGGUGUAUAUAAGAAUUAA